AUGGAGUCUGCGAUCGGGCAUCUCGAACAAAGCGUUCAAGAAGCCGACGGAAAGCUUGACAUGAUCGCGUGGCAAAUAGACUCUUUUGAGAAAGCUUUCGAAGAUCCACAAAACGAGAUAUCUGUGCUUCGUCUAUUACAUUCUGUCCAUCAAGUUACGAAAGAUUAUCAAAAUCUUCGUCAAGAGAUUUUGGAGGUUCAACAGUUACAGAAACAGCUUUCUGAUUCACUUAGAGCUCAGCUUACGCAAGUACAUGGACAUUUUAAUUUGUUGCGCAAUAAAAUUGUAGGACAGAAAUCACCACAAAUGAAAUAA